AUGACCGGCGUCUCGUCGUACACGUUUGCCCCCAAAUUUCAACAUGUCACUGGUGGAUCGCACGUUUUGAAUAGCGGAUUUGAUAUCCCGUUGAUUGGACUAGGCUGCUCCCGCAUAAAAACUGCUGAAAGUAUGGAGGAGUCAAUUCGCGCCGCUCUCGAGGCCGGAUACCGACUUUUCGAUACCGCCCAUAUUUAUGAGAAUGAGAAGGAGAUCGGCGACGCGUUAAAGAACUCUUUGAAGACCUUCGGCUGCGAUCGUGAAGACAUUUUUAUCACUACAAAAGUCCCGAUCAUCAACGAUGACCCAGCUGGACAUGCCGAGCGGUGCAUCAAGGAGUCGUUGGCAAAGUUGAAAACCGAUUACCUCGACCUCGUGCUCCUUCAUUACCCCCGGGAUCGGCAUACCGGAAAGGACGAAGAUUACGAGGUGAACAAGAAGGGUCGUCAGUUGGUCUACCAGAAAAUGGAGGAGCUGCUUGAGAAAGGCACCAUUCGAUCGAUCGGGGUGUCAAACUACGAAGUCUAUCAUUUGGAGGAACUUUUCGAGUAUUCAAAGGUAAUCCCCGCCGUCAACCAGGUCGAGUACCACCCCUACUACACCCGUCCUACCCUCAAGCACUAUUGCGAGAAGAAGGGCAUCUUCAUCCAGGCGUUCUCCUCGCUAUGCUGGGGCAACCUGGAGGUGCUGAACGAGGACGCCGUUAAGAAAGCCGCGCAAAAGCAUAAUGUAUCCCCUCAGACAAUCCUCUAUGCAUUCCCUCUCCAUACUAAUGUCGGCAUCAUCCCAAAAUCCGCGACGCCGCAACGCAUCCACGACAACUUGAAGCUAACCGCUCAAGUCCACCUAUCCCCCGAAGAGGUCUCGGCCCUCCAGGCGCUCGACCAAGACCGAGCCUUCUGCCCCGGGUGCUGCCCGUGGCGAUGCCUGCAGUCGCUCAAGGAUUUGAAGACCGACUAUCUCGACCUCGUGCUCGUCCAUUUCCCGAAAGAUCGCGAUCACGGAAAGCAUGAAGACUAUGAGGGAAAUAAGGAGGCGCGGAAGAAGACUUGGGAAAAGCUGGAGGAAUUGCACGAACAAGGCACCAUCCGCUCAAUUGGGGUCUCGAACUACGAGGUCUACCACCUUGUCGAGCUUCUUGAAUAUGCAAAGAUCCUCCCCACCGUCAACCAAUUUGAAUACCAUCCAUAUUACACUCGCCCUACCCUCAAACAUUUCUGCGAGCUGAAGGGGAUUUUCGUCCAGGCCUUCUCCUCCCUCCUCUGGGAGAACAAGGAUAUUUGGGAAGAGGUCGUGCUCAAGCAAAUCGCCGAGAAGCACAAGGUCUCGCCACAGACCAUUCUCUACGCUUUCCCGCUCUACAACAAGGUCGGUGUUAUCCCAAAGUCGGCGACACCUAAUCGUAUCCACGAUAACUUGAAGCUGACGCUACAGGUAAAACUGUCCCCAGAAGACGUGUCCACACUCGAAAAGCUGGACAAAAAUCUCUGCUGCUGUACGCCGUGCGACGGAUGGCGGGCGCUA